AAGCAAAAAAAAAAAAGCGAAAAAGAAAAAAAAACAAUAUGUAGCAGAAAGCAAUGGUUUUGUGAAGAAUCUCCACAAGUCUGGCUCCACAAUCCUCCUAAAAUUCCCCAAUGCAGAUCAAUUUCCACUCCACAAACCCUAGCUAGAAUCUGUUUACUUUGAUUCUAUUGCAGUAAUAUAUGCCGAUGAGAGCAGCUGAUUUAGGAUUUCAUGGCCAAUAUUCACACGUUGUUGCCUAGUGUAAAUCACCUAUGCCUCUCCAGUGAAGCUGGAAACAAGUUCUGCUGUUACAAUGCGGGCGAUACUCUAAUUAGGCGGCGCAAUUACGACGCGAAGAAGAAAUUCGGUGAUUGUGAUUAUCACAGUCGCUGCGGAGCUAGGGAUUCGGCGGCUGGCCGCUCGUGGAGAUUGUGUGCUGCAACGGACCUUCGUGUCGUUCAGGAGAGUCAUGGUAAAAGCAUCAAUGCUGCGAAUCAGGUUCCCGUUAUUGAGAUCCCCGUCACCUGCUACCAGAUUAUUGGCGUUCAUGAUCAAGCAGAGAAAGAUGAAAUUGUUAAGUCAGUGAUGCAUCUAAAAAAUGCAGAGAUUGAAGAGGGAUACACCAAGGAAGCUGUUUUGUCUCGCAGGGAUGUUUUGAUGGAUGUAAGAGACAAACUUCUUUUUGAACCAGAAUAUGCUGGAAAUUUUAAAGAGAAACAGCCGCCUAAAUCUUCUCUCAAGAUUCCUUGGACUUGGUUGCCUGGUGCUCUAUGCCUUCUUCAGGAGGUUGGUGAAGAGAAGCUUGUGCUAGAAAUUGGGCGAAGAGCUCUGCAGCAUCUUGAAUCAAAGCCAUUUGUUCACGAUUUGCUUUUAUCUAUGGCCCUAGCAGAGUGUGCAAUUGCCAAAGUUGGAUUUGAGAAGAACAAUAUAUCUCAAGGAUUUGAAGCUCUUGCCCGUGCUCAAUGUCUUCUCCGGAGCAAGAUAUCUCUCGGGAAGAUGAUGCUGUUGUCUCAGAUAGAAGAAUCAUUGGAGGAGCUUGCACCUGCUUGCACUUUGGAUCUUUUGGGAAUGCCCCAUACGCCUGAAAAUGCAGAGCGAAGAAUUGGUGCUAUUGCAGCUUUGCGUGAAUUGUUGAGACAAGGCCUGGAUGUUGAAACUUCAUGUCAAGUUCAAGACUGGGCUUGUUUUCUGAAUCAAGCACUCAAAAAGCUAUUGGCUACAGAAAUAGUGGAACUCGUUCCAUGGGAAAGCUUGGCUAUCACCAGAAAGAACAGAAAGUCUCUUGAGGCACAGAAUCAAAGGAUUGUCAUUGAUUUCAAUAGCUUCUACGUAGUUUUGUUAGCGCAUAUUGCACUUGGAGUUUCAAGCAAACAAAUAGACCUGAUUAACAAAGCAAAAUUAAUUUGUGAGUGCUUGAUAGCAUCAGAAGGCAUUGACUUGAAAUUUGAGGAGGCCUUUUGUGCUUUCCUUCUUGGGCAGGGUGAUGAAGCUACAGCUGUUGAAAAGUUAAGACUGCUCGAACUGAAUUCUGCUCCUAGUUCUCAGAAAGCACUGCAAUUUAAAGAAACUAAAGAAGUUUCAAGUGCCAACAAACCAUUGGAAACAUGGUUGAAAGAUGAUGUUCUUGGCAUGUUUCCAGAUACCCGAGAUUGUACCCCAUCCUUGGCGGACUUUUUCAAGGCUGACAAAAGAGCUUCUGGAAAAAGACAGUACAAAAAGUCUUCUCCAACUUUAUCCGACACAAGUCACAGAUCACUUUCUUUUUCUCUUCCAAUGGAUCGAAGAGAUGAAGUGACAGGUUCUUACACAGAAACUUCACGACAUCUUGGGCCAGCUGUCAAGCAGCUUGCUCCUCCUAACCUGGAAAGUCCACUAAUAGAGAGCAAGGUCAAUGCUGGAAGCAAUGCUAGCACACCCUCUGUUCAAUUGAAGAGAACAUUAGGUUCCCAGCAGGGUGGAGUAUGGAAUAUGUGGUUGGACUUCAGUCAUGUGAUUGGAAACAUGGUAUAUGCUACUGCAUUAGGCUGUAUCUUGGCUGCCCUGUUGAAGCUACUUACCUCACAACAGUUGAGACUAGGAAAUGGUUCGAGAUGGAGGAUGUAUGAACAUAGAAUUGCAGCAAGCUCUCCUACCCCAACAGAUUCUUCAGUGGAUUUUAGUUUCAGACGUUCGAGCACUAAGCAAAAUGGUAUCAUGAGACAAAUCCAGAGAGUCUUUUCACUUGUUAAAAGGCAGUCUGGGGUCCAUCCAGAAUCUGCAGACCUGCAAACAGCUUCUCUCUCUUCUUCAAUAUCACCAACAUAUAGGUUUCCAAUGCCGGUUGAAGAUGCUGAGGCUCUUGUCAAACAGUGGCAAUUAAUUAAAGCAGAAGCACUUGGACCUAACCACAACAUAUGUGGGCUUGGUGAAAUACUUGAUGGACCGAUGCUUGCGCAGUGGCAAGCGUUAGCUGAUACUGCAGAAGCAAGGUCGUGCUACUGGAGAUUUGUUUUGCUGCACUUGACAAUUGAACAUGCAGAGAUUUUGAAAGACGGAGCUGGUGGGGAGAUGGCAGACAUAGAAGUACAUUUGGAGGAGGCCGCAGAACUGGUGGAUGAGUCCCUGCCCAAAAACCCAACUUACUACAGCCCUUAUAAGAUCCGUUAUCUUCUGAAGAGGCAAGACGACGGAUCAUGGAGGUUCUGGGAAUGUGAUAUUCUAACUCCAUCAUGACCUCUGAUCGGAACUGGCUGCUGCCGUGUGUAAUUUUAAUCAACCGAUGCUCUUCAUCCAUGCCAAAGCCGUCUCUGAAUUUGACGAAAAAACCGAGGAGCAUCGGCAUCGUGCUCUCCUCAUUCCUAUAAAGCCAGCCAGUUGUGAAUUUAGCAUAGCUAGCUAGGAUAUUCCAUUCAUUGUUUCUGGAUUGCCUUAAUCAGCAGCUAGUUUAUUAUAGGGGCUUGAGAUUGUAUCUAACUCCAGCAUCCUUUUAUUUGGUUAAUUGAGCCAUUAUUUGUUACAA